GCUUCCUCUCCAAAUCAAGUGCGAUUGCUAGUGUUCCAAAGGGAUUGAUCAUGCAGAAGAUUGUGCGAAAUAGGAGAUUCUUGAAUCUUCCACCAGUUCUAACACUGCCACACUUGUCGCAAUCUGCAGUGGACACAGCUCGCGGCGUUGAAUCUCUUGAUUUUCGGGAAAUCAUAAACACAAGCGAACUUAGAAGUGCAUUUGACAAAUUCAAUCUAAAAGGUUUGUCUGGAUGCCUGAACUGGACUUCGAGGAGAAAUGAUAAGAGUCAUGCUGCCUGCUAUGUGAUAAAUCGCCAUUUUAUAUCUGAUCACAAUGAUAGAUGCGCAAAAGAGUUCUCAAGUAAGCUCCUUAAAAGUAUUCCAGACUUUGUAAAGAUAGUGGAGGUUGGUCCAAGGGAUGGAUUACAAAAUGAGAAGGUUACUGUUCCUACCGAUGUAAAAGUUGAAUUGAUAAAACUGCUAGUUUCUUCUGGGUUGUCUGUUGUUGAGGCGACUAGUUUUGUCUCACCAAAAUGGGUGCCCCAGUUGGCAGAUGCAAAGGAUGUAUUGGCAGGAAUUCAAAAUGUUGAAGGUGCUAGAUUUCCUGUCUUAACUCCAAACCUCAAAGGUUUUGAGACAGCUGUUGCUGCUGGAGCUAAGGAAGUCGCUGUUUUUCCUGCAGCAUCUGAAUCAUUCUCUAAAGCAAAUCUGAAUUGUGGCAUUGAGGAUAAUCUCACUCGUUGCCGUGACAUUGUUUUAGCUUCUAGAAGCCUCUCGAUCCCAGUCCGUGGAUAUAUAUCUUGUGUUGUGGGAUGUCCUCUGGAAGGAAAAAUUGCUCCAACAAAAGUAGCUUACGUGGCAAAAUCACUUUAUGAGAUGGGGUGCUCGGAGAUUUCACUAGGGGAUACAAUUGGUGUUGGCACACCUGGUACGGUCAUUCCAAUGCUUGAAGCUGUUCUUGAUGUUGUUCCUGCUGACAAGCUUGCUGUCCACUUUCAUGAUACUUAUGGUCAGGCACUUUCAAAUACUCUCGUUUCACUGCAGAUGGGGAUCAGCACUGUGGAUUCAUCUGUCUCUGGUCUUGGAGGUUGUCCAUACGCCAAGGGUGCAACUGGGAAUGUUGCCACCGAGGAUGUUGUUUACAUGCUGACCGGGCUCGGAGUGAAAACCAAUGUGGACCUUGGAAAGCUUAUGCUGGCUGGGGAUUUCAUCUGCAAGCAUUUAGGGCGUGCAUCAGGUUCAAAAGCUGCAACUGCCUCGAGUAAAGUUACAAAUCAUGCCUCCAAACUGUGAGUUGCUAAAGCCAGUAAAGCCAGAUCAUGUAUCCGCAUGAGAGGUAGAUUUUACCCACUGCAUUACUCUUGUUUACAAGUUAUGACUCCACAAAGUGUAUGUAAGUUGGUGUUAAACACAUGUAAUCAGGAUAGAAAUUGUAAAAAUGCUUAGUGCGUCCAAUGUCAACAGCAUUGUCAUCUUUGGCAUAUUUUAAAAAUAAAAUUAGUUGAAGAAAGUGAUCCUUUUCUUCUUGUAGUUUGACCAUUUUUAAUGGAUUUGAAGAGCCAUCAAUCACAUUUUCUCUUUCUUAUA